GCACUGCUAGACCUUACUGACACUCAGAUGCCUUUUGGGGGCCAUGUUUUCUAUGUUGAGUCUGUGUACCUUUGACAUAAUUAAUGGCUGUGUGCAGCUAGGUUGUCCAAUGCUCUCAAUGGGCUAUGGAGAAAUAGUGUGUUAUUUUCCAUCAGAAUUGCCCAUUCUUAUAUCUUACGUCCAUGUCUCACAUCUGUCUUGACAUAUUCAAGUGUGUGUUUUCAUGUACAUAUUGCACCUAUUGUUGAUUUCAUAUUUCUUGCACAUGUUAUGUUUCUGCAUGUUUACUUGAGCAUGUAGAGAUUAUACUUUGUUUUCUUGGGCUCACAUGUUCUGUCCAUGGUCCCACCAUAUGCAGCGGUCUUCAUGUGUGGGACCCAUGGCCUAUCUGACUAGCACUUGCUCCCUUUGUGAGCUGCAUGUUUUCACAGUUAGGGUUCACUCUGCACAUAUGCAUGCCCCUUCGCAUGAUAUGCUGAUGUGCCAUGUUCAAAGCAUGUGUGCUUAUGGUUACACAUUACUAUUUCUUAAUUUUAUUUGACAGUAUAUCUUGGGAGCCCUGUGCUCAUUAACUCACUUGGCACUCCAUUGUGUUUAUAAAUUCUUAGAUAUUUUUUCUCCAGAGAGGACACUUACUAUUACCUAUUAGAGUGGGUAACUGAGCCUCCAUCUCCCCAAAGAACCAAGCCUUGCCUUGCUGACCUCUCUGGCCUGUGUGUCUUCCCACACAUUGUCUCUCUAGUGGCUGUGUACAGCCUGAGGUCACGGAGCUCAGUGCAUGCCGCAGGGUCAGCCCUGCCAUGCACAUUACCUGUCCCUAACUCUGCGCUGUUGGCAUGUAUUUGAUGAUGGCAGCAUCUUUCCCCCUAGCAUGUUAAUCCCCAUUCUGUAUGUUUCUCUUGUGUGUACGAUAGUAUGUACCAUCUUGAUUGUUGUCACUCUACUUUCACUGUGGCCAGGUAUCAAAUGUAUAUAUUGAGGGUAGCUUACUGUUAGGCUUGGUGUGUUCACUGUUCUCCCAGUAACUUUUCAUAGUUAGUAGUCCUCAAGAGAGUAGCUAUCUUAAGUUGAAUCUUCAUCUCUGUCAUUCAUUAUGCUUGUGUGGGUUAUGUACACAGCCUUAUGGUCUGGUCAGCAAAUGUUUAUGAGCCCUUCUCUGCCUCCUUUUGUCAUGGGCAUUGGGGAUAAGACAGAGUCCCUGUUCUCAAGCUGCUUAUAGACUAGAGAGGAAAACAAAAAUGACAGUGAGCAGUUAUACGCAGUAGUGUCAAGAUCAGUGGAUUUCAAACUCACCAGGAAGGCAUAUUAAAAUACAGAUUAAUGGGCCCAAUACCCAAAAUUUCUGAUCCAAGCGAUCUGGGUGGGGUCCAAGAAGUUGCAUUUUCACACUUCGAGAACCAGUGAUUAAGAUAAAAGUGUAAUGAAAAAUCAGGCAUGGAGGGGUUCAGGAAGACCUCCAACAUGUGACACUGAGCUAAGUGAGGCGGGUGAAGGGGGUGGGAGGGCAUUCCAGCCAAAAGGAACAGAAUGUUCAUGGCACAGAAGCCUGAAAGAUCAUGGUGUGUCUUAGGAACUGAAGUAAAGCAGUUUGGGGUAAAGAAGUGUUUGUGGGCAUGUGGCGGAAGAUGUAAGCAGAAGUCAACUUGUCAAGGAGGGCCUUUAGGCAAGACAGGGAUAUGCCCAGAUCUGUAUUACAGAAAAAUCUCUGGUUGCCAUGUGGAAGAAGAAUUGGAGGGGGAAAGUGAGGAGCCUAUUGCAAAUAGUCCAGGGGGAGGAAUGUUGCUCCAAACUUGCAGAGGCAGUGGGAUGGGGCCGCUCCAGAGCCUACCAUUUUAGUUAGAGCAGGCAGAGACUCCUAUUUCCUCUAUUGCCUGUUACCUUUGCUCUUGGCAAUGGGCUUAACUUUGAGCACAGCCCUUCCCGUCAUUGGAAAGGUGUGUCUUUGGCCUUGAUGUCAUUUGCCUGAAUGUUUUUGUGAAUUGUGACCGUGUCCCCAGAAGUGUGGCAGCAGAAUGGAGGAAGGAGGAACAGCCUGGAAGGCAGGUUCUGGGUGCGUGCCCAUCUUCCUCCUGAGCCCUUCCCUCUCCCAGGGCAGGUGGCGUGAUAUCCCUUUUACUCUCUGCCCUCUUUUUUUUCACUUGGUGAGACCUUACCCUCCGUACCUGCCUGACCAAACUGCCUCUGAUGUCGCUAGGAGGGAGGGAAGAAGUGGUGGGAUUCCCUUGCCUGUCUGUGGAAGCAGGAUUGAUAGAUGUAGUUACUCCUGGUAUGUCCGUGGCUUUAUCUGGAACAAGGGAGGCUGCCUGGGUGGAGAGGGAUUUUUCUAGGUAUGCAUUUCUAAUCUUUCAUCUGUCACUGAAUGUGAUUAUAAAUUUGUGUGUAUGUGAACUAGUCUGUCUUUGUGUGCCUGUGUUUGCAGAGUGACAGAGCCUUUAUUCUUGCCAGUCAGCCCUUGAGAAUGUCUGUGGGCAUUUUGUGACUUUUGUGACUUUCACUGUAUCUGCUGUGUGUGCACCUAUGUAUAUGCAUACAGGCGGCAGUGUGACUGAGUGGUUAGGGGCACAAGCUGCUUAGGUUGAAAACUAGGAGGUGCCUCUGAGGAGCCAUAUCACCUCAGGUAACCAGAAUGGAGCUGUGGCCAGGGGCAUGGACAGUGUUGCUGCUGCUCUGCCUGCUACUGCUCUUCCUGCUGCCCACCCUGUGGUUCUGUAGCCCCAGUGCCAAGUACUUCUUCAAGAUGGCCUUCUACAAUGGCUGGAUCCUCUUCCUGGCUGUGCUCGCCAUCCCUGUGUGUGCUGUGCGAGGACGCAAUGUCGAGAACAUGAAGAUCCUGCGUCUGAUGCUGCUCCACAUCAAAUACCUGUAUGGGAUCCGAGUGGAAGUACGAGGGGCUCACCACUUCCCUCCCUCACAGCCCUACGUCGUUGUCUCCAACCACCAGAGCUCCCUCGACCUGCUUGGAAUGAUGGAGGUCCUGCCUGGCCGAUGUGUGCCCAUUGCCAAGCGGGAGCUACUGUGGGCCGGCUCUGCUGGGCUGGCCUGCUGGCUGGCUGGAGUCAUCUUCAUCGACCGGAAGCGCACUGGGGACGCCAUCAGUGUCAUGUCCGAGGUCGCCCAGACCCUGCUCACCCAGGACGUGCGGGUCUGGGUUUUUCCUGAGGGCACAAGAAACCACAAUGGCUCCAUGCUGCCCUUCAAACGCGGUGCCUUCCACCUUGCAGUGCAGGCCCAGGUCCCCAUUGUCCCCAUCGUCAUGUCCUCCUAUCAAGAUUUCUACUGCAAAAAGGAGCGUCGUUUCACUUCUGGGCGAUGUCAGGUCCGAGUGCUGCCCCCAGUGCCCACAGAAGGGCUGACACCAGAUGACGUCCCAGCUCUGGCUGACAGAGUCCGCCACUCCAUGCUCACUGUUUUCCUGGAAAUCUCCACUGAUGGCAGGGGUGGUGGUGACUAUCUGAAGAAGCCUGGAGGAGUGGGCGAGACCCAGCUCUGAGCUCCCUUCCCAUCUACCCACCUUCCUCCACACACCUCCCAGCCCAGUGGGUUGUGAAGCAGGGCCAAACCCUCUUCAUUUCCCCUCUCCCUACUCCAUGACCUCUUUGGAAUCUUCAGCUUCUGAAGUGAAUGUCUCUGCCCACCCCAGCUCUCCCCAUGGAGUCUCCUGCCUCGGUGCAGUCUCCACUCUGACCCUUACCCACUCCUGUGCCAUCGUGUCUGUGAGACGGUUGCCUCCCCCUCAUCUUCACUGGGCCAGCCUACACAGAGGCGGGAGCACUCCAUUCUGUCCCCAUUGGACCUUCUUCCUUUGUGGUCUUCUCCUUCUCCACCCCAAAUUGACCAGUGGACUCGUCCAUUUUGUGGAACAAUUUCCCACCCUGACGUCCAUGGAUUCAGUGGAUUCAUUGUGAGGAGGACUCCUCGUGCUGUGCCUGGAAGCUGGUGCCUGGAACGCUCCUCCCAGGCUCUUCCUGGGAAUACUCCUCAGCACCUUCACCCUCCUUCCGCGUGGAGCCUCCUUUCAGUGGAGGCUGGACUCUUCUCACUCAGAAGUCUCAUCCCUGCCUACGCCCAGGUGCCCAGGAGUGAGCACUCUUCUGGAUGCCAGUUUGGUCUUCACAUUUCUGCUUCCCCUGUCCCCAUGGUACAUUUCUUCUGUGGCCCUGGCCCCACCCAUCCUCCUGCAGCCCUGAUACACCAUUCUAACCAGACAAGGAGCAAGAGGCAGCCAGCAGGUGCUGUACUCACUGCUCCCUAGAGGGCUGGGGGGGAAAGCACUGAACCCUGGCUGGAGGGGAUGGCUUUAAUUUAUUUCUUUCUUUUGAGAUUUCCCCCCUCUGAGCCAGUUUUCAUUUCCUGCCUGUGGCAUUAGCCUCUCCCUGCCUCCUAUCCCAGACCUGUGCCCACAACAGGGAGAGGCUGGGAACAAAAGGAGAGGGUGGGACUUAGUUUUAUGUAAUUGGUUUUUAUUAAUUAUCUGGAUAACAGCAAGGAACCAGAAUAAAGAUUGAGAGAUCUGGA